AUGAUGCGUGGAGCUGUCGGAAUCCUGCUAUUAGUGCUGCUUCUUCACGUUUACAACGACUUUGUGCCACUGGACUCGUAUAUUCCUUCCCCCAUAGUUAACAACAGUAUUGACGUCCACUUUAGUGACUCAUACUAUACGGCGCGAGCGCUUUUCCGCACUCGUGCUGAGGCUGUAGGUGCAAAACUCUUCUCGCUACCGUUGGACCAUUUAAAGUCAUUGGAUUUGACAGUGGAUGUCGCCGUGUUACCAGGAUCAAGUGAGCGUGUUUUGCUCCAUAUUUCAGGCACACAUGGUGUCGAAGGUUUUGCAGGAAGCGCCAUCCAGGCGGCUUUGCUAGAGAAACCAGCAGUGAACCAAAGCUCCUCCAAAUACAAACCAACUGUGAUUUUUGUACACGCACUUAAUGCGUAUGGGUUUGCUCGAUUGCGGCGAUUCAACGAGCAUGGCGUGGACUUGAACCGCAAUUGGCUCACUCCGGAGAAGUUUAAGGAGCGCCAAGCAAGAGAUCCGAAUCAACUUGGAUACAUGGACGUCUAUGAGCUGCUGAACCCAAAAGAAUUGAGCAGGAUCAUAAAUUGGUUUUGGGUGCAGACUGUCAUAAACCUAGCAACAAAAGGAUUUGAUGCAAUCAAGCGAGCGACUAUUAGUGGAAACUAUCGUUUUCCGCAAACCUUGUAUUACGGUGGAACGGAACUGGAACCCAGCUUGGCCUUGUUACAGACAUUCUUGAGAAAACAUGUGGACUUUGAUGCCGUAACGAAGUUUGCAAUGAUUGACGUACACACUGGACUUGGAUCUGCUGGCGUUGACACGCUUAUGCUUGGGGCAGGCAGCAAUAUGACAGUUGCACGUAAUGUCUUGACUGGUCCGGAGUACACAGAUAAAGUGGUUUUCGUGCACGACAAUGACAAUCCAGUGUCACGCGGCUACGAUGGUGUCGGUGGUUUUACCUUUGAUGGUGUGGCUAGUCUGUUAGGUCCACGAACUAAAGGAAAUGCGCUUUUGUUGUGUCAAGAAUUCGGGACCGUGCCUGGAGUUUUUAUUCUAAAAGCUCUAAUUGAAGAGAACACCAUGUAUCAUCAAAUGCCGUCGUCUGUGAACCGUUUACCGUAUGCACAAAAGCUCAGGGACGUAUUUUAUCUGCACCAAAGCAGUUUGUGGAAAACUGAAGUGCUACGUCGCGGUGCUGAUGUGUAUGAUCGACUUUACACGUACUUGGCUUUAUAA